GGAAUUUAAUUGAUUAUCCUAAUGAUUUGAAAGUGAUUGGUGAAUUAUGUUUUUCUGUUAACUUCAGCCUGUUUUGUCUCCGAUGUGGUCAUGUUAUUAGUGAUCCUGCUAGUGGGGGAGGUUAUAAACGCUAGCACAUGUCGGCCCAUGUCGAUAUGUUAUUCGUGACCCUGCUAGUGGGGGAGGUUAUAAACGCUAGCACAUGUCAACAUGUUAUUGAUAGAACCGGUUCGUUGAGUGACCCUACUAGUGGGGAUUAUACACCAGCAAACAGUGACCUUGCUUGUGGGGGUUAUACACCAGCAAACAGUGACCCUGCUAGUGGGGAUUAUACACAAGCAAACAGUGACUCUGUUUGUGGGGAUUAUACACCAGCAAACAGUGACCCUGCUUGUGGGGAUUAUACACCGACAAAUCGUGUGCCUACCAGUGGGAGGUUUGUAACACUGGCCGUGACCUAUAGAGGAGACGUCUAUUUCGUUCCCGUAUUGUAUCUGUUUUUCGUGAUUGCACAUGUUGGCAUGCUAUAAGUUUAAUUAAAGGCAAUCCAUAUUUUACUUAUUAAGUUUAUCUUAUAGUUUUUCCUUGUCCACCAUUUCAGGAAGUGAAACCGAGGACGGGGAAACCACGGGAAGUUACGAGUUAGAAAGCUAGCCAUUUCGAGAUUGAUAUAGAUUUUAGAAAUAAAUCAUGAUCUUGUAAGUUAGAGUGUAUUUGGAGAUUUAUGAUAUCGGAGAAAUUUUAUAAUUUGAUCUUCAGAUUUUGGUGGUAUCAGAUGUGAAUUAGAUAAGUUCCGAGCCUUGUGCAUUUGUGGAACCCUCUCACGAGUGCACGACGUCUGUUGCGCCUCGAAUUUGGGUUCUGGGGCGUGACAACUUUAGUUUGAGAUCAACCUUUAUUUCUGCCUCACACUUCUUUUCCCUCUUUUUUAUUUCUACUUAUUUUACUUAACAAACUAACUUUAUUGUAGCCCCAAAUGUAGGAAGUCCCUGAUGUUUUUCUAAAGCAAUUAUUUUGAACCUUCAUAUGAAAAUACACCACUGUUUCUAUU